GCCACUCCAGUUCCUGAUUCGGCCGCUCUUGAUUCCCCCAUUUCCGCCGUCCUCCUCCGCCAAUUCAAUUCCGCCGACCCUGAACUGACAUGAAUCAGUGCAACCCAUACCCUUCUAUUUCCCAUUUUGCCCUCAUCUUCCUCCUCCACCUCCCCCUCUCCUUCUCCAAAUCCCCGCCGACCAACUCGUCGGUGUCGGCCCUUUUAGUGUUCGGCGACUCCACCGUCGACCCCGGCAACAAUAACUUCGUCCCCACCAUUUUCCGAAGCAACUUCCCUCCCUACGGCAGAGACUUUCCCUUCCAUAUCCCCACCGGAAGAUUCUCCAAUGGCCGCCUUAGCACAGAUUUUAUCGCUUCUUACUUCGGUGUCAAGGAUUAUGUUCCGCCGUAUCUUGACCCGUCGCUUACCGUCGACGAUUUAAUCACCGGCGUCAGUUUCGCCUCCGCCGGCUCUGGCUUCGACCCGCUGACUCCCAAAGUUGGGAACGUGGUGGCAAUCGACACUCAAGUGGAGUAUUUCAGAGAAUAUAAAGAGAGAUUGGAGGGAGUAAUGGGGAAGCAAAGAACAAAAAGGCAUAUAAAAAAUACAGUGUUUUUUAUCAGUGCAGGAACCAAUGAUUUCGUUAUCACUUACUUCAAUUUACCGCUUCGAAGAAAGACAUUCACUCUCUCAGCUUACCAACACUUUAUCAUUCAACAAAUCUCCCAAUUUUUCCAGGCCUUGUGGGCUGAAGGAGCAAGAAGAUUCGUGAUGCCGGGGCUAGCGCCGCUGGGUUGCUUGCCGGUGGUGAUAACGCUAUACUCCAGCAACGCCUUCCUCCAUCGCGGCUGCAUCGACCGCUACUCCGCCGCCGCCAGAGACUUCAACGCUCUCCUCCAAGCCGAACUCCUCUCUUUACAGACUCAUCUCUCUAAGAAAUCCCCCACUUUCAUCGGCUACAUCAACACCUACGAUUUCGUCGUCGACAUUAUCCAAAACGUCGGAAAAUCAGGGUUCGAAAUAGUGGACGUCGGGUGCUGCGGGAGUGGGUUACUGGAGAUGUCGCUGUUUUGUAAUUACAAAUCGCCGGUGUGCCUCGACGCCAGUCGGUACCUGUUUUUUGACGCGAUUCAUCCGACGGAGAAGGCGUAUUACAACCUCUUCCGGGCCGGCAUCCCGGUGUUUGAUUAUAUCACCAGAGACUUGCUCUGAAUUUUCUUAUAGUAUUUACCAUUCUAUUUUUUUUUUUUUUAUAUAUAUAUAUAUAUAAAACAUAUUAUAUUACAGAUAAUUAAUAGAAAAUC